AUGAUAACAGGAGACGAUUUGUACAAGGUAAUGUGUGCCAUGGUGCCUCUAUAUUUCGCAAUGUUGGUGGCAUACGGAUCAGUGAAAUGGUGCAAGAUGUUCACCCCAGAUCAAUGCUCCGGAAUCAACCGUUUCGUGGCAGUGUUCGCUGUUCCAGUGCUCUCUUUCCACUUCAUUUCCCUUAACAACCCCUACCAAAUGGACACAAAGUUCAUCGUAGCGGACACCAUCUCCAAGCUUAUUGUCCUCCUUUUGCUUUCCCUUUGGGUCAUUUUCUUUGUCAAAGGCUCCUUUGAUUGGCUCAUCACUCUCUUCUCCGUAGCCACUUUGCCCAAUACACUCGUCAUGGGUAUCCCUCUCCUUCAAGCCAUGUACGGUGACUUCACCCAAAGCCUCAUGGUGCAACUCGUUGUCCUCCAAUGCAUCAUAUGGUACACUCUACUGCUAUUCUUGUUCGAGUACAGAGCAGCGACACUUUUGAUCCAAAGCAAGUUCCCAGGGCACACGGCAGCAUCUAUAACAAAAUUCGAACUUGAUGGUGAUGUCAUAUCCCUCGACGGCCACGACAUGCCGCUUCGAACCGAAUCGGAAACCGACGACCACGGCCGAAUCAUUCGGGUUCGGAUCCGAAGAUCCAUUUCCUCAGCUCCGGAAUCAAAUUCUUCCAUCGGCACCGCCGUCAUCACUCCCAGACCCUCCAACCUCUCCAACGCCGACAUUUUCUCCAUCAACACGCCGCUUCACGCGCUCGACGGCGAGUUACCCUUCGGUGCCAGCCCCCACCUCUCCGGCUACGCUUCCUCCGACGCGUACUCGCUGCAACCAACGCCAAGGGCAUCUAAUUUCAAUGAGAUGGAGACGGGCACGCCCGUUUGGGGGAGGUCUCCGGUCGCCGGUGGAAGAGGAUGCCGGCAGGCGUCGCCGGCGGGGAGAGUGGUGUGGGAGUCGCCGGGGAAAUGCCUGGCAGAAGAGAGACACGAAUGCAAGGACAUUACUAUGUCAGUCCCACAUAAAGAAAUCAGCUUCAGAGACAGCACCAAAGUCCCAAUGCCGGAUGAAGCUGAAGAUCCCAAAGAGACAGUUAUCAGUAACCAGAAAAUGCCACAUGCCUUUGUCAUGAUAAGACUAAUACUUAUCGUAGUAGGAAGGAAACUUGCUCGAAACCCUAAUACAUAUUCCAGUGUAUUAGGACUUCUUUGGUCUCUUAUCUCUUUCAAGUGGAAUGUGGAAAUGCCAAGUCUUGUCAAAUCGUCUGUCAAAAUCAUCUCGGAUGCAGGCCUUGGGAUGGCUAUGUUUAGCUUAGGGCUUUUCAUGGCCCUUCAGCCCCGAAUCAUAGCCUGCGGUACCAAAAGGGCAGUGAUGGGUAUGGUCAUUCGCUUCCUAUGUGGGCCUCUUGUAAUGUCAGCUUCUUCCAUUGCCAUUGGAUUGAGACAAGACAAACUUCACACUGCCAUUGUACAGGCUGCACUUCCACAGGGGAUUGUGCCAUUUGUAUUUGCAAGGGAAUAUGGGUUGCAUCCUGAUAUUUUGAGCACAGGGGUUAUCUUUGGCAUGUUGAUUUCCUUACCGAUAACUCUCCUAUAUUACAUAUUUCUUGGGUUGUGA